GAGAUACCUAGUAUACGCAUAGUUUUCGCGUUUAUGAAAUUUGUUGGAAAUGAACCAAGAGCCAAACGUUCGUGGACUGGAAUCAUACGAUGUUGUUUAAACGUUCUCUGGUGCUUUGGAGCUCUAUAUCUUGGCGUUUUGACGUUUUUCUUAGAGAAGGAUUUAACGUUUCUGAAAAUAACAGGUUCUAUAGACAAUAUCAUCUUAUUCAGUCACACUGCACUAAAGAUUGCUAGUUCCGGUUUACAACAGCCUAUGAUGUUUGGACUACUGGAAAGAAGAAGGCUUUAUUUUUGGGAUAUUGGAAACUCCAAUGUUGAAGAGAACAAAAAAUAUCGUAAAAAAGUAUUAAGAUAUGCCAGCUUCGUGAAUUGGUUUUUUCUAAUCGCCACAAUAUUUGCAUGUUCAUCCUUUGUACUUCAACCCUUAGUUUUUAGAAGAAAAGUACUUGGAUUCAAUACAUAUGUACCAGAAAGUAUUUCAUAUUAUGCAAUGGCUGUAUAUCAAUUUUAUAUUAUGCUUCUCGCACUUACAGGAGUACUACCUUUUGAUUUAUGCGUUACUUAUAUCCUCUGCCUUAUUUCGAUUCAGUGGAAAAGUUUAAAUACCGAAAUAAAAAAUAUUUUAGAUGAUGAGAUUGUUACACUGGAAGAUCAAAAAUUGUUUAAGACAAAGGUUAGAAGAUGUGUGGAGCACCAUAAUUUUUUAAAAAGAUAUAUUGAAGAUUAUAAUAAGUCGAUAUCGCUAGGAUUACUAGCAUACUUAUUAAUGUUUGUGAUGUCAAAUUGUCUCAAUUUGUUUAUUGUUUCGUCAGGACCAGAAGUACGGGAACUAGUAAAAUGUAUUUUAUAUCAAUUUAAUUUGGCAAAUCAGUUUAUACUAACAUAUGUCAUACCAGCCCAAUUCUUGUCUACAGAGACACAAAAAACAGAUGAAAUUAUUUUUGACACGAAGUGGUACAGCACUGCUUCUAAAGAUAAAAAGUUAUUUGUUUGGAUGAUCAGCUCAGUGGCUAAAAAAGAAGUAGCGUUAAACGCUGGAAAAAUUGUAACCAUAAAUUACCAAUUUUCUUUAAAGAUAUACCGAACCGUAUGUUCGUACUACAUGUUUUUGAGGACAUUGGGAAGAAAUUACUAAAAAUUACAAUAUACGAUGAAGAUGCCGAUUGGACUUUGACAAAACCGAAAUUGUUGGUCGUGUUAUUUAUAGCACGUUUAAAAUGUUUAAAAAUUGUUACUAUAUACAGUUGAGUCCCUGAAUCUUUACCCGUGCGUCAUCAUUUAAAGCAUACGAAAUAAGUCGAUCAUAAGUCGGAAAUUGAAAUUUACUAAACGCAACAGAAAGUGACAGUAAGUGACUUGCUCAGGGACUCAACUUUACUUCACGUAUUAUUAAAGUAUAUUAGAUAUUAGGUAUCUUGCAUUACAUUUUUGUCAAUGAAUAAAAAUAUAAAGUUGUUUAACAGAUAACAAAAAUAUAAUAU